GAUCUUUAUCGGCAAGUGGAACCAACACUUGAUCCACCUGUGCUGGAAAAAUUUUCUUUGACAAUUCCUUCAAUUCCCGAACAACGUCACGAGUCUGAUAGUGGCGUUUGGGUGUGCUCAUGGAUGAUGGGUGCAUCUUGGGAUUCUUCUUAUAAUAUAUGGCCAUGCGGAGAUAUAAGGAGAAUGCAAAUAGCUUUAUAUCUGGUCCAACAGCCUACAAAUUACAUAAGACAUGUCGUCAUCGAGGAAUCAAAUAGGAAUGCAUCGAGAUUUGUUGCCCAGACUCGUAGGUACAAGGAAGAAAGCCAAAAGAGCGUAAUCCAGAACUAGAAGAUUCAUAGGGAGAUAGUGGUUCAUUUCUCCUGCACUAGUAUAUUCUGGAUAUUGGUUCCUGCAAACGUUUAUGAAUUUUUUGGUUGAUUAGUUGUCCUGCCAGUACUCUAGUUUUGUUUCCCUUUUCAUUUUCGUUGAGAACCAAAACAAUACCC